GUAAGUAAUGUGUGUGUGCGGUGGUUUUGAUUCCUUUAAACGCUAAAUAGAAACAUUGUUUUAUUGACGAAGAUGAGCGAUUCAUUAAACUAAAGUAAGUACGUGGAUCCGUGCCGGUUUUCGCUGAGAAUUAUCCGCAACUUGCGCCGAUACUCGCGUCCACACAAAACCUUAACCUACAAUCUUAAACAGCAUAUAAACAAAAACUUGACUGUGUGCAUUUGUUUUGGAGAAACAUUAUGUGUUUGUCUAACAAUACAUUUAAAUACGUGAUUAACGAUGAACGUUCUCUGCACGUCUGGAAUUAUGAGUUAAGCACAAUUUAGGAUGAUGAAAACAAAUAUGCAGGCUACGACGUCGGCGAUGAGCACUGUGGACUCGUCGACGGCGCAGAUGAACAAGUUCCGCAGCUACAUCAACAUGCUAGUCGAUCCUGCCUACAAGGAUGACAUUAAACUGAAGGCAAUACAGGAGAUCAGCGAGAACUUUGAGACUAUACUAUCAUCUAGCAUGUAUGCUAGUUUCCUGGAACAUUCAAUUAAAAUUUUCCUAUCGAUUCUGCAAGAAGGUGAACCUCACUUUAUUGCUGAGUACAAUAUACAGCAGGUACGAAAACUGAUUUUGGAGAUUUUACAUAGGCUACCUACAAACGAUCUCUUAAAACCCUACGUGAAACCUAUAGUUUCAUUAACAUUGAAAUUAUUGGAGAUAGACAAUGAGGAGAAUGUCCUUGUAUGUUUGAAAAUUAUCAUCGAGCUACAUAAAAUGUAUAGGCCAGCAUAUAAUUCUGAGAUUCAUUAUUUUUUACAAUUCGUGAAGACAAUUUACUCGGAGCUUCCGACUCACAUGAGCGAGAUAUUCGAGCCUCGGGCUCCGAUCAAAGUAAAGGAUCUUGCCGAGCUGAACAUUGAUGAACUUUUAAAAGAAACAUUCACAAUCACCUCGAUCCAAACGGAGAAGAGGAACAAUGAUCAAACAUUAAUUUCGUAUAACUUGAUACCUAAAGCGGUGCUAUCACUGAAAGUUAUCCAAGAGUUGCCGAUCAUCGUGGUAUUGAUGUACCAGCUAUAUAAGCAGAACGUUCAUCAAGACGUCAGCGAUUUCAUUCCUCUAAUCAUGAAGACCAUCGUGUUACAACCGUCGCCGCAACAGCGGCAAGCGGAAUCAUUCAAUAAGGAGAUAUUUGUUGAUUUCAUGGGAGCCCAGAUUAAGACGUUGUCGUUCCUUGCUUACAUCAUUAAGAUCUAUCAGGAAGGCGUGGCCACCCAUUCUUCGAUGCUCGUGCAGGGUAUCCUGGGAUUGCUCACGCUGUGCCCAAUGGAGGUCGCCCACCUCAGGAAGGAGUUGUUGAUUGCAUCAAGGCAUAUUCUUGCGACCGACCUAAGAAAUAAAUUUGUGCCUCAAAUGGAGAAGCUAUUUGAUGAGCAGGUCCUUCUUGGGAAAGGCUGGACAACACACGAAUCUCUAAGGCCGCUGGCCUAUUCAACACUAGCCGAUUUGGUGCAUCACGUAAGGCAACAGUUGAACUUGGCCGACAUCGCCAGGGCUGUCCACCUCUUCGGAAAGAUCGUCCACGACGAUAGUUUAGCAACUACAAUUCAAACCAUGUCUUGCAAGUUGCUUCUCAAUCUCGUGGAAUGCAUUCGUAAGAAGGCAGAAAUCGAGAACAGUUCUGAGGGCAGAGGUUUGCUGAUGAGAAUGCUGGAAGUGUUUGUUUUAAAGUUCAAGACGAUAGCCAAAAUUCAGUUACCUAAAAUGACGGAGAAAUGUAAACAACAAGCGGCGAAUCCGCAACCUUCAAACGGAAUCGACGGAGAGGGUAAGUUGGAGAGUCUGGAGACUGUGCUUUCGACGCAGAAGGAGGAGAAGUCCAAAUUUGGGUUUCCUCAACCGACUAACUAUAACGUUUCGGAAUAUAGGAGUUUGGUUAAAACUUUGGUUUGUGGUGUUAAAACUAUCACAUGGGGGUGUUCAGCAUGCAAGAUUGGAAUUAAUCAACCUCCGGUUGGUGCGAAGCAGUUUCAACCGCAUGAGACGCUGGUCUUCAUACGACUGGUGAAAUGGGCGUUGAAGGCAUUGGACAUUUACACGUUGGCAGUUGGAGGUCCUCCUGUUUCCGGUCCGGCGCGUCUGAAUCAGCAGAACGUUCGCAACAAGGAGGAGAAAGAAGUCUUGGAGCAUUUCAGUAGUGUUUUCUCAAUGAUGCAUCCGCAAACAUUCCACGAGAUAUUCUCGACGACGAUUGAGUAUGUUGUAGAGCGCGUAUAUAAAAAUGCCACAUUGCAAAUUGUUCCCAACACCUUGCUUGCCAAUCCAACCACCAGUCCAAUAUUUGCGACUGUUCUCGUUGAGUACCUUUUGGAGCGGAUGGAAGAGAUGGGAUCCAACCAGGAUAGGAGUAAUCUAUACUUAAAGCUCUUCAAAUUGGUGUUCGGUAGUGUGAGUUUGUUCCCUCAAGAGAAUGAGAAUAUGUUGAGGCCGCACCUGCAUCGCAUUGUUAAUCGAUCCAUGGAGCUGGCGAUGGUCGCUAAAGAGCCGUACAACUAUUUCCUGCUGCUUCGCGCCCUGUUCAGGUCGAUAGGUGGCGGUAGUCACGAUCUACUUUAUCAAGAGUUCCUACCGCUGCUACCCAAUCUUCUCGAGGGCUUAAAUCGAUUACAGAGCGGCCUGCACAAGCAGCACAUGAAAGAUCUCUUUGUCGAACUAUGCUUAACAGUUCCUGUUCGCUUGAGCUCACUACUUCCGUACUUACCAAUGUUGAUGGAUCCUCUAGUUUCAGCAUUAAACGGAUCUCACGCUCUCAUCAGCCAGGGUUUGAGAACAUUGGAAUUGUGCGUGGACAAUCUCCAACAUGAUUUCCUAUAUGAGCAUAUUCAACCCGUCAGGGCUGACUUAAUGCAAGCGCUCUGGAGAACACUCCGCAAUAAUGACCAGGUGGCACAAGUUGCUUUCAAGGUAUUGGGCAAAUUUGGAGGUGGCAAUAGGAAAAUGAUGAUCGAACCGCAGAAACUGGAGUACGUCGACACCGAUUACGAACCUCCGGCGAUUCUGGCGCAGUUUCAUGAUCACACGCAGCAGGUCGAGUUUCCUGUGGAGAAGGUGAUCGAAACUGCUUUUAAUGCUUUGAAGCAUAGCAGCACCGAUUCUUACUAUAGGAAGCAAGCCUGGGAGGUGAUCUACUGUUAUUUGACCGCGUCUCUAAACUUGAACGACGAUAGGAGCACGAUGCUCAAUCUGUUCAUAAACUACAGCGUACAGUUCACAGAUGAAAAUAAUAUACCACAUAUCAAGGGCUCUUCUUAUAAGAGUAUUAAUAAGCAGGCCAGGGAUACGCAUCAAACUGCAUUAAUUGGGAUGGUUGUUGCUGCAGCUAUUAAAGAACUAAGUCAACAAGUGUUAAGUACUCUUGUCAAUAUCGUUCAGCAUUAUACGAUCAUAGCCGUCGCGCAACAAGCAGGCCCUUUCGCAAUAACCCCAAGACCGAAUGAGCAAGUCACGUUGGAUCCGCUUGUUCUGGUGGAUGCAUUGGCAGUGAUCAUGGGUCAUGAAGAAAAGGAGUUGAUCAAACCAGGUCGUGUGGCCUUGAUCAUCAUGUUGAAUACAGCAACACAUUUGCUGGGAAGCAAGGAUCUAGCAUGCCGUUUACCUCUGAUAGAAUACAUGGCGGAAAAGAUGUGCGGUCUUUGCUACGAACGAGCUUGGUACGCCAAACUUGGUGGUUGUCAUGCGAUUCAGUUCAUGGUGGAGCGGUGCGCCCGUAAAUGGGUCUACGAGCACAUGUUCACAUUCCUGAAAGCGCUUCUCUUCGUGAUGAUGGAUCUCACCGGGGAGGUGUCCAGUGGCGCUCUGGAUAUGGCAAAAAACAAUCUGGAAAAGAUGUUGAUAGUGCUCGUGACGCCUCCACCGGAGAACGCAGAUAAACUGACCAGGGACGUACAGAUCAAAGCCCUCUGCAAAGUCACCCAUGAGUUGGUCAGAUUGGUCACCAGCUCGCACACGAUGGUAAGAGAGCAGGCGAUGCAAUCUCUGAAGCUUAUGGCGGAGAAGCAGAAUAAAACGGUGACGGCAGUGAUGGAGCCGUUUAGGGAGGUUUUGGUUGACAUGGUGCCGCCCAAGAAGCACCUACUCAAACAUCAGCCGGCAAUAGCGCAGAUGGGGCUUAUGGACGGAAAUAUGUUUUGCACCACGCUCAACCCUCGUCUCUUCACAAUCGAUAUGAGUAUAAAAGAGCACAACAUGUUCAUCUUGGACUUGAUCUCCUUGUGCAGCACCGAGGAUGCGAAAUUAUCGAACCUCUCGUGUUACAAGAACAUCACUGACUUCACACCAUUGCGUAAGAGCGCUUUGAGGGUGUUAGCGGCGUGUCACUAUUUGGAAGCAGAUGUGCGCGAGAACAUCUUCAAAGUCCUCUACAAAACUUUGGAGAAGCCGAACGCUGAACUGCAGGAGAUGGCGUUCGAGUGCAUGAAGAGCUUCAUAGCUGGGUACCAAGUUGAGAAGGAGUUUAUCCACAAUACAAUGCGUCCCCUGCUGAUGACGCUCAGAGACGUGAAGACCUUAACUCUAAACAGUGUCAAAAUGCUGUCGUAUCUCACGCAACUGUUCCCUAACGUUUUCAAUGAGAAACUCUGUGAUCAGCUCAUCGAAAUCCUGAUGCAAUUACUGGAGAACCUGGUAAUAAAUAAUAAGAAUCAAGCGGACUCCACGGGUAUUUCAAAGAAAGGAGAGGAGGAGCAGAAGAUCGUCACGGUUAUAAGUUUCUUCUAUCAAACGCCUUCGGCAUCAUCGAAAUUCAUCAAGCAACUCUGUCAAUUGGUGCUUCAAGCAGAGCAUGCGAUGCUUAUCGAAGCCAGCUCCCCAUUCAGGGAGACUUUGAUGAAAUUCCUGCUGCGAUACCCUAUUGAGAGUCUGGACUUAUUUAUGGAUGAUGGCCAUAUCAAGGAUAAACAGUACAGUAGAUAUUUGGAAUAUCUAAUUCAGCAUCAGGAUGGGAAACCGUUCAGGGAUUACAUCCAAACUCAGAUGGUGAAGAGGUUGAUCACUCUCGCGCUGGCCAAUACACACGUGAACCCGCUGAUCAGCGAGACGGAUCGCAACGAGAUGCAGUACCAGGCCAUCAGGCUUAUUUACUUGUUGAUCAGGAAAGACGAGCAGUGGCUUUCCACUCAGCUCGAUCUGAUCGAAGCACUCAAAAUGAUAUGGUGCAACGACGAAUAUCAGGAGAGACACAAAGCGGUCGAACAUUUGGAAUACAACCACUGGCGUGAACCAAAAAUGCUCGUGAAAAUUCUCCUUCACUUCUUCUGCCACCAUCCGAACAACAUUGAUCUGCUUUUUCAAUUAUUGAGGGCCCUUUGCGAUCGCUUUAUACCAGAAUUUCAAUUUUUGAAAGACUUUUUAGAAAACACCGUUGCUCAACAUUACACGGUCGAGUGGAAACGAUCUGCAUUCUUCCUAUUCGUCGAGCAAUUCCCCAUGCACGGAAUGUCUCAAGAGUUGAAGGCUAAAGUGCUUCAGCUCGUAUUGAUUCCGUGCUUUGCCGUUAGCUUCGAAAGAGGCGAAACCAACAAGUUGAUUGGGACAUUACCAGCCCCAUACACGGAUAAUCCGGAGAACAUCGUAUCCGUGUUUAUAAACAAAUUAAUUGAUCCUGAUAAUCCAUUCCCAUUUGCGGAUUGCGUGCGGAUAUCGCUUCUUCAAUUCUCUUGUCUGCUCGUUGAACAAGCCAGUCCGCAUAUACACGAUCACGAUGCCCAUAACAAGGCCCAAGGUUACAAGCUUAGACGUUUGAUGACAUUCGCUUGGCCUUGUUUAUUAGGCAAGAAUUGCGUGGACGCAGCAACCAGGUACCACGGGCAUUUGCUACUUUCUCACAUAAUCGAUAAGUAUGCAAUCCAUCGCAAAAUUGUUAUACAAGUUUUUUACAGUCUUCUCAAGGCACAUGGCUUCGAAGCCCGUAAUGUUGUUAGACAAGCUUUGGAAAUUUUGACGCCUUCCAUGCCUUUGCGCAUGGAGGAAGGUAACAAGAUGUUAACGCAUUGGACUAAGAAAAUAAUAGUGGACGAAGGGCAUUCUAUGCAGCAGCUCUUCCACAUUUUGCAAUUGGUCGUGAAACAUUAUAAAGUUUACUAUCCAGUCAGGCACAAUUUAGUGCAGCACAUGGUGAAUUCCAUCCAAAGACUUGGAUUUAAUCCAAGCGUUUCAUUCGAGCAUCGAAAACUUGCAGUGGAGCUCUGCGAGGUGAUAAUUAAGUGGGAACUGUACGGCAUCCGUGAAGACAUCGACGGCGAGGCCUCUACCAGUGAUUCGAACGUGAAGAGAACUUCCGAAGAAGAGCAAAUACAAAGGAAGAGGUUAGCUUUCCAAUCUGGGGAAGCUUCUGGAAGUACUCCUACUCCACUGAAAGUGGAGCAGAAGACUAAACCAAUCGAUCGGGUGCACACGGACGCCGUAUUAAAUUACCUUUUAAGAUUCGCGUGUCAAGUGAGCGAUCCUCCAACGCAGACUCCAACCAAUCCCACCGGAAGUACUCCGGGUGAAAUUCUUUCUAGGCGAUGCGUCGCUUUGUUGAAGAUGGCCCUCAAACCUGACGUUUGGCCUCAGCCAAUAGAUCUGAAAUUAGGAUUUUUCGAUAAGAUCUUGCAGAGCGCCGAUCAGCUGAGUCCAAAUAUUGGAAGUAUUUGCACAGCUUUAGAACUGCUGACAUUCCUGUUAAUGGUAUUGAAAAAGGAGCAGAUUCUUGCGAAUUUCAAACCUCUGCAAAGAGGUAUCGGAGCGUGCAUUACUUCUUCUAACAACAAAAUUGUUCGUUACGUGCACACUUUAUUGCACAAGCUCAUGGGGUUGUUCCCCACCGAACGCACCAACACCAACAUGUCGUGCAAAUACGAAGAACUCGAGAUACUUUACUCAACAGUUGGUAAAGUCAUCUUCGAAGGGUUAACGAAUUACGAGAAGAAUCUUCAAGCGACCGUGUCUAGUUUGUACGGCACCUUAAUGAUCCUAAAAGCUGCCUGCUUGAACAACAACAGCUACAUCGAUCUGCUGAUAACACCUUUUAUGAAGGUUCUCAACAGGAUAGCUAAGGAGCAUUUGCAACCUACAUUACCCGAAGCUAGUCCAAAUACAAGUGAAAUGUUGAUACUUAGUUUGGAUUUGGUGAAGACUCGGGUGGUUGUUAUGGGCGUUGAAAUGCGAAAGACUUUCAUUGGUUCGAUUCUCGUUGGACUGAUCGAAAAGACGCAGGAUCUAAAGGUGAUGAAAGCCAUUGUGAAAAUGCUCGAAGAAUGGAUGAAGAACAAGAAUGUGAUAACAUUGUCGCAAGCGCCGAGUCUCCGAGAAAAGUCCAUUCUUUUGGUGAAGUUGAUGCAGUACGUAGAAAAGAGAUUCGCCGAUGACCAAGAGUUGAACGCGCAAUUCUUGGAAUUGAUUAAUUACGUAUACACCGAUGAACAUUUGAAGCAAACUGAGCUUUCCGCUAAAUUGGAACCCGCAUUUCUCGCUGGAUUACGCUGCAAUCAGCCGCACAUUCGAGCCAAAUUCUUUAAAGUAUUCGAUGAAUCGAUGAGAAAACGACUGCACGACCGGUUGUUAUAUAUCACGUCCACUCAAAACUGGGAUGCUAUCGGUCCCCACUAUUGGAUCAAACAGUGCAUAGAGCUCUUGAUCGCUACUGCCAAUUCUGAGUCUAAGAUACAGAUGUCCCACGAGAGCAGCAUCCUUCCAAACAUCACUUCAGUAAUUAAUUUAGCUGAAGCGAAGAAGCGCGAGGAAUUCUAUGCCAUCAAACAGGAGAAUCCGGAUGUGUUCGUUAAGUCCGAAGUCAAAGAGGAGGCUAUGGACAUGGAUCUAACGAACGUGGAUUCUAAUCCGAACACUGACGAGAAUUCAGUUAAUUUUGGUAAUGUAAUGAAAAUCAUCAACAAGCAACACGAGUUCUUGGAAUCCUGCAAGACAACUACGUCCCAUAGAUUCCUGAUGGCUGCUGCGCAAUUAUGUCAUAUGGACACGCAGCUGGCAGAACAAGUUUGGCUUCAGAUGUUCCCAAAGCUCUGGAGUAUUCUGGAUGAGAGACAGAGAAACAGAUUAACUCAAGAUAUAUUACCGUUCAUUACGUCCGGAACGCAUAUAGUGCAGAAGGAUUGCCAUCCCAGCGCAGUCAAUACUUUCGUUGAAGCUUUGUCCAGGUGUAAUCCAACGAUACAAAUAUCACCGCCACUUAUGCAGUAUAUUGGAAAAUCGCAUAAUUUGUGGCAUCGGAUGGCCUUGGGUUUGGAGCAGAUGGCUUUCGAUCAAAACGUAACGACGAAGUCCAUCAAUACGUACGAAUUGGAAAACGGUGAAAAUCCGAAGAAGGAAAUUUACGAUUGCCUUGGACAAUUGUACGCUCAAUUAUGCGAAGAAGAUUUGUGGGCUGGACUGUGGCAACGUCACGCCUACUACAAAGAAACUAGCAUAGCCAUAAUGUAUGAACAGCAUGGAUUGUUCGAACAAGCCCAAACCGCCUACGAGAAUGCUAUGCUUAAACAUAAGCAAGACAAUAAUACUAACGGCCCUCCGCCCAUGUACACGCAGAGAGAGGUUUUACUAUGGACUGAUCAUUGGAUUAGAUGUGCCAAAGAAUUGAAGCAAUGGGACAUCUUAUCUGAAUAUAGUAAGGCCGGCGUGUACGAUCCGUAUUUGAUGUUGGAGAGCGCCUGGCGGAUACCCAAUUGGGAGCAAACUAAAGAAGCUCUGAGCAACGUUGAGUAUAAUUGUCCCAAAGAACUGCCGUGGAAAGUCACUCUGUAUGGAGGGUAUUUAUUGAUAUGCCAUCCAGAAGAAAGGAACUUAAAGUUGGCAGAGCGAUACGUGGAGACUGCUAGCUCGAUGUGUUUGCAAGAGUGGAGACGGUUACCUUAUAUAGUAAGCCACAUUCAUCUGCAAUACCUUCAAGCUGCGCAACAGAUUAUGGAGUUGCAAGAGGCGUACAAGAUUCGCAAAGGUCUUCAACAGGGUCAUCAAAACUCGCUGCACGAGAUGAAGGCUAUAGUGAAAACAUGGCGCAACCGAUUGCCGGUGAUCGCUGAUGAUCUUACCCACUGGAAUGAUAUUUUCACGUGGAGGCAACACCACUACGAGUUCAUCAUUAAACAUUACGAGAAGAAUGAUUCACAGGCUGCACACCAUAACAAUUCCAUGUUGGGUGUGCACGCUUCGGCUAGGUCGAUCAUACACUUCGGAAAGAUCGCAAGGAAACAUAAGCUGACAAACGUGUGCCUGGAAUCUCUGAAUAGAAUUUAUUCUAUUCCUUCGGUUCCUAUCGUCGAUUGUUUCCAAAAGAUUAGGCAACAAAUCAAAUGUCUGCUGCAGCAGGCGUCCGUGAGCAACAAGAACGACUAUAUGGAAGGCUUGGAGGUGAUCAACAAAGCCAACGUGGCAGCCUUCGGAAAAGAAAUGAACGCAGAGUUCUACGCUCUCAAAGGAUUGCUCUACCAUCUAAGUGGUAAAUCCGAUGAGGCGAAUAAAGCUUUCUCCGCGGCUGUGCAGAUGCAAGAUACAUGGGUCAAAGCUUGGGCACUGUACGGGGAUUAUCUAGAACACGUAUUUACUCGUGAUCCAAGGCAGAUUAGCCUCGGUGUGAACUCCAUCACGUGCUUCCUUCAUGCUUGUCGUCAUCAGAACGAGUCCAAGGCUAGGAAAUACUUAGCCAAAGUUCUGUGGCUCCUCAGUUACGACGAUGAUAACAAUAGUUUGACGGAUGCACUCGACAAAUAUUCGGUAGGUGUUCCACCACUUCUAUGGUUACCUUGGACGCCGCAAUUGUUGAAUUGCUUGGUUCAAUACGAUGCAAUUGUAUUUUUGAACCUUCUGCUACAAGUGGGAAAGAUGUUCCCUCAGGCCGUUUAUUUCCCAAUACGUACCCUGUAUCUUACAUUGAGGACGGCUGCUGCUCGUAAGACGAAUACCGCUCAGCAGACGUCUCAAGGCGAUAACCAUGACCAGAGUGGACAGGAAGGUGGUUCUAGUAGUACCACCAUGGAGUCGACGAUCAAGGCGACGCCACCCAUGGUGAGGUGCUCGAAGAUCAUGAAGAUGCAACGGGACAUCCACACCACUGUUCUCACUAGCCUGGAGGGUAUCGCGGAUCAGAUGGAAUGGUUCCGAGAGAACUGGUACGAAGAGGUGGUGAGACAGCUGCGGCAAGGGUUGGCGAAGUGUUACGCUAUAGCCUUUGAAAAUCGCGAGUCCGUGAAUGAAGCCAAGAUCACGCCGCACAUAGUGAACUUCAUCAAGAAACUAGUUUCGACUUUCGGUAUUGGCGUGGAGAACAUCAACAGCUCGGCCAACGUUAUAUUCCAUUCGGCUGCUUCUGAAAGCCUAGCGAGACGCGCGGAGGCCACCUACCAAGACCCCGUGUUCCAAGAGAUGAAAUCCGAAUUCACCAAAGAUUUCGACUUCUCGCAAACCAACGCUUUGCGCCUUCGCAUCCUCAUUUUCAAAUUGAAAAAGUGGAUCAAGAUUUUGGAGAAUAGAUCCAAGAUUCUCAUACAAUCAUUUUUGAUUGAGGAAAAGUGUCGAUUCCUCUCGAACUUUACGUUGAAGACUGCCGAAGUUGAAUUGCCAGGGGAAUUUUUGCUGCCCAAGCACACGCAUUAUUACGUGAAGAUAACGCGAUUCAUGCCUAGAGUGGAUAUUGUGCAGAAACAUAACACGGCCGCUCGAAGGUUAUACAUUCGCGGACACAACGGAAAGAUUUAUCCGUACCUCGUGGUGAACGAUUCAGGACUGGCGGAUGCGAGGCGUGAGGAGAGGGUACUGCAGCUGCUGAGGAUGAUGAACCAUUAUUUGGCCAGACAGAAGGAGUCCGCUCGAAGAUUUCUGCAUUUCACAGUACCCAGAGUGGUGGCUGUGUCGCAACAGAUCAGACUGGUCGAGGAUAACGUGGCUUCGAUUUCGCUGCUCGACAUCUUCAAGAAAGGUUGCGCUAAAUUAAAUAUUGAACACGAUGCGCCUAUCAAUUAUUAUUACGAGCGAUUGGCUAAUGUUCAAGGAAGGGGUCUGAAGACGACCAGCCAUCAAGUGUACAGAGAUAUUCUGAAAGGCAUUCAAACGAAUAUGGUGCCGAGAACGAUGUUGCGGCAAUGGGCUCUAUCCACGUUCCCAUCCGCAACGGAUUAUUGGCAAUUUAGGAAAAUGUUUACGCUGCAAUUGGCUUUGGCGUGUUUUUCGGAGUACGUGCUGCACUUGACGAGGCUCAAUCCGGACAUGAUGUACUUGCAUCAGGACUCCGGUCUGGUUAACAUCUCUUAUUUCAAGUUCGAUGUUAACGACAGCACCGGCGAACUGGACAUCACCAGGCCCGUACAAUUCCGGCUGACUCCCAACAUCAUCGAGUACGUGUCCAGCAAUGGAAUUAACGGACCCCUGACAGCAACUAUGAUAGCUGCAGCGAGAUGCUUCGUCUAUCCCAAUUUCAAGGUCUCCUCUAUCCUGAAACCCAUCCUGAGGGACGAGAUGGUUUUGUCGAGGCUGAAGAAGGCGGACGAAUCUGACGCGAACAAGGAGGAGAAAUUGACUGAGGGCGAGCAGAUCAUCAACAUGGUGAACAAGGCGGUGACAUCGAUAAACAACCGGAUGAACACGCUCGCCCAUUUUGAUGGCACGGAGAGCAAGGUGAACACGCUGGUGGCGGCAGCCAGCAGCCACGACAAUCUCUGUCGGAUGGAUCCCGCCUGGCAUCCGUGGUUUUAAUAAGAUUCCGACAACGGGUUCUCCAUUACCAUUAUCGGAUCAUAGUUUUUCUUAUUUUUAUUAUAACGACAGUAUUUAUAUCUUAAGGAAGAAACCCACGACCGCCCCCCCAAACCCACCAUGUAUAGAACUAGUGAUUUUUUUUCUUAAGAGAUGAAAUUUCUUUAGGUUUACUUUUCCGGCGACGGAAUCGGCCGGAGAGGAAUCAUAUAUUUUUGUACAUAUAGCAUUACGUUUUAUUAGUUUUUUAAGAUGAAUUCCCGAUGUCUGUUAACCAUUACGAAAUCGAGUAGGAAAGAUAUCGAAAUAAAAAAAGAAACACAUUUUUCUAAGAUAAAAAUAAAAACGUUGAGUAAAUCUUUCAGACAAUACCCUCGUAAAGCGUGGCAAUUUUUUUAACGAAUUAUGAACAAUGCAACUAUUGUUUUAAUUUUUUUCUGUUGUCAAUCAAAAAUCCCGUAUAUAAAGCAGAAGUAUCGUCCAAAGGUUUAUAAUAUCAUUCGAACGUGUGAAGAUGAAAUCGUCCGCUGUAUUCCUUUUCGCCGUCAUCGCCGUAGCGUUUGCUGCCGCCGACGAUUGCUCCAAGUGCGAGAACCUUUGGAAACCGGUGUGCGGAAGCGACGGUGAGACGUACGUGAACAAUUGCUUCUUGACUUGCAAGAACGAAGAAGGUUUGACGGUCGCGAGUCGUGGACCUUGCGGAGGAUACCCGGAAGGAUGCGACCACUGCGAUCAGAUCUUCCAGUUGUGCUGCGGAUCGGACGGCAUCACCUACGGAAACAUCUGCGAAUUGGAAUGCGCCGACAAGAUCCGUCCAGUCUCCUUCGUCAAAUGGGGCUGGUGUUGAACGUCAGUAAGCAUCUCCAGUAAGUUUUCCUCUACGGAAACAUUGAUGAUGAUGAUCAAUAAAUGAAAAUUUUCCUUAA